AUGGACGCUUGUGCCCGUCGAGUUGUUCAGCGUAUCCCUGUGAAAUAUAACGGACACGUUUCAUGCCAUCAAAGUCUGUGUACGUUACAGUACCCUCUUCGUCUGGUGGAAAAUUCUUAUGACAACCAAAAAAUUUCCGCUGUCCGUCACAAAGCGCAUGCUAGAAAACUUGAAAUCGCGCUUCUACGCGAGCAUGAAUGCCUCGAGCUUAUAUCUACAGACACAAAAGUUGAGGACGGGCACUGUAUCGCGGUUUUACGCGAGGGAAUCCUCUAUAUUACGCCGAUAGAGUGCGCGUAUCAGAUGCGUCCUUCUAUGGCUCGUUUGGACGCUGUCGAAGAACGCCGUAAAGUCAACGACAAGAGUUUUGAUGCAGAGUUACCCAAGCAGGUUUAUCUCGGGGUUAUGAGCGUAGGUUCUAUGAAGCUUACUCCUUUGCACGUUCAUGUGAAGCGGCGAGAAACUGAACGACAGGCAGAAUUUCGACUCCACUCACACGCCCAUCUUAAACAGCUCGAAGAUGACGAACCAUGGCUUCAGCUGAAGCCGUCAUUUCCAGGCGAAGGCGAAGCUGAAAAAAUUUAUAACGCCAUCACUUUUUCCUCCGCGCCUCAUGAAGUUUUAGAAGACUAUUCGCAAAUCAAAACAAAUAUUGUUCCCGUUUCCACCUAUUUAGAUUCAAUCUGUCCAAUGCCGUCUGGAAUACUUCUCGCCGACGACACUCGUCAUACCGCAAUGCUUGCUGCAUCUUCAACUUCUCGGACUGAAGCAAGGUCACUUCGAGAGGCAAUUCGUGCAGCUUUUUCCGAUAGUCGUGGUUCGGUUUUGCGCUUCAAGCAAAUCAUAGAAUUCAUUCCAGAAGCAUGUGAGAUCAAUGAUGUCAUGGAUGCAUUGCAGACGUUGGCCCAUCUCGUGCAGGGUUGUUGGGUGAUCUGCUCGGCAUUGUCAUGUGGAGGCGAUACACGGCGCGAAAGAGACCGUGACCGCAUCUUACUUCAGUUUGCUCGGCGCCGCACUAUUUCUUCCCGAGAUCUGAUGAGACAGAAGCAGGAGUUGUUAAACGAGAUCGCGGUCCCUACUAGCAGGCAAGCGAGAUGGAUUUGUGGUGACAACAAUUGCGCAAAGGAUACAUGGACUUUUAUUGAACCUACAGAUGAUUAUUUUAUGAGUUAUUUCCCCGAGGUCGUGCAGGCUGAAAGCGAACGAUGGCAGAACAUCGAAUCUUGGUUCAACAACAAGAUGGGCCAAUUGGGCAUGCCCAGCCCAUUAUCAGUACCUCCUUGCAUCUAUCCAGGUGUAUCUGUCAAAGCUCGAAGUUUUAUUUGUUCAUUGCUUCAAAGAUGUGGUAUCAUGCGACUCUCGAACAUUCGUACAUGUCUUGAACAACAGAAAGUGGCUGGUUUGGACUCAGUUGCUUUUCUGUGCGAAGCAGAGCUUCUUGGAAUAUUUGGAAACAAUGUAAUGUGCAUCCAAGGGGCGUGUGUAUUACGAUCAAUUGGAGACAAACAUAUUGAUCCAUUUCGCAGACUCUUGCUUGAGUUGCUAGACAAAAACGACCGAAGUAUUAAUCGUACUGCUCUCAUCGAAAAGGCAUUAUCCCUCGGGAUCAUGCCAUCAAAUUCAGCAUAUAUUCGGUGUCUUGGUGAUCUGUGUGUUUCAAGAGGAAAUGCAUGGGUGUUGAAAUGUGGACACAAAAGCGCGGGUUUGCAAUAGAUGCAACAUUGCAUACUUAUUUGGGUAUACGUUGAACUCAUUCACCUUCACCUACUUCAUGCCGAGGUAAAAAUCACGAGAAAGUGAGACCUCUUCAAGCAUACUCCUCAAUUCCUCAUACGUAAGUUCAUGACUGCGAUCUACCUGAGGUCCAACAACCUCAUGCAGUAUCGAUGCAUCCUGCCCCAGGACGGCUUCGUGCGAUCCGACAAGCAGCUUGACAGCCUCGGCCUUGAUUGUUGCUGCAGGUUGUCCCGCGCCAAACAGAAAACGUUUGUACUGCUGCAAGACAGCCUGUCUGGGAUCCUUCUUCAGAUCUGGUGGGAGUUGGUCAAUAUACACCAAUUUGUGCAGAACAGUAAUUACCUGCAAAAACGGAUCGGCAAUUGGACGGACUCUAUCGGAAGCUAUUUUAAAAUUGCAUCUGUGAUGCCUGGAGCUACCAAGCUCUGAGACAAGAUUAGGAGGAUCUUUACUAGAGUCAUCAGCAACUAUGUGUCGCAAACUGCUUCCUGUGUUAUUGGGUCCAACGCGUUGUUCGAUGUAUGGCGAUGCAGGCCUAGUCGGAUAGAUCGAUGAUCCCCGAGUCAGACCUCGAAGCUGCCGAAUGGCCUCUCGCUUACGAUGCUCAACCAUGCCUUCCAACUGUCCAGAUUCUUGCAGGCAUCUGAGCUUUAUUUGCAAUCCGUCGUUCAAACUCUGCAAAUUUUCUACUGAUCGCAUCAGACAUGGGGCGCAUGCUGCAGCGACCUCUACUAUUGAUGGCCUUUUGCACGGUUCAACAAUC